AUGGAAGUAGAAGAAGAUCCUCCUUCGACCAGUACAACGACGACGAAGACGGCUUCUCAGCUGAAUCUUCCACCGUCGAUGAAUCGACCCACCGUCUCACUCGAGACCCGAAUCAACCGUUUGAUCGAUUCCAACCAUUACCACUCUCCUUCUAAACCUAUAUACUCCGAUAGGUUUAUCCCCAGUAGAUCCGGUUCCAAUUUCGCUCUUUUUGGUCUCGAAUCGUCUCCCAACAAGGACCGGAAAGAAGACAGUGCCGGUUCGUACGCGGGUCUUUUGAGAACCGCGCUUUUCGGACCGGUAACGCCGGAGAAGAGAGAUGUCGUUGCCGGUUUCUCUCCGUCUCGGAAUAUUUUCCGGUAUAAGACGGAAACGCAGAGGUCUUUGAAUACGUUCUCGCCUUUUGGGUGUGAUGAGGCUCCUGGUGUUAGUCGUAGUCCGGCCAAGUUGCCGAGGAAGAUAGUUAGGUCGGCUUAUAAGGUAUUGGAUGCGCCGGCUCUGCAAGAUGAUUUUUACUUGAAUCUCGUUGAUUGGUCGGCGCAGAAUGUUCUUGCAGUGGGAUUGGGGAACUGCGUGUAUUUGUGGAAUGCUUGUAGUAGCAAGGUAACUAAGUUAUGCGAUCUUGGGGGCGAUGACAGCGUUUGUUCAGUGGGUUGGGCACUACGUGGAACACAUUUAGCGAUUGGAACUAGUAGCGGAACAGUAGAGAUCUGGGAUGUGUUACGAUGCAAGAGAAUAAGAACAAUGGAAGGUCAUCGUCUAAGAGUUGGGGCCUUGGCAUGGAGCUCAUCGAUUCUAUCUUCUGGUAGCAGAGACAAGAAAAUACUUCAGAGAGACAUACGGUCUCAAGAAGAUCAUGUCGGUAAGCUAACAGGUCACAAAUCCGAAGUCUGUGGACUCAAAUGGUCUCAUGACAAUCGCGAGCUAGCAUCAGGCGGAAACGACAAUAAGCUUUUUGUAUGGAACCAACAUUCAACACAACCGGUUUUGAAAUACGGUGAACACACAGCAGCGGUUAAAGCCAUUGCAUGGUCCCCACAUCUUCACGGGGUUCUUGCUUCCGGUGGUGGCACUGCUGAUAGGUGUAUCCGUUUCUGGAACACGACGACAAAUACUCAUCUAAAUUGCAUAGACACGAACAGUCAGGUAUGUAAUCUGGUUUGGUCAAAGAACGUGAAUGAGCUUGUGAGCACGCACGGAUAUUCUCAGAACCAAAUCAUUGUCUGGAAAUAUCCAACCAUGUCUAAACUGGCAACUCUCACGGGUCACACGUUCCGCGUUCUGUACCUCGCAGUCUCACCCGAUGGGCAGACGAUCGUGACGGGAGCAGGAGAUGAAACCCUAAGAUUCUGGAAUGUCUUCCCUUCCCCGAAAUCUCAGAACAGGGAGAGCGGAAUCGGAGCAUCGUCAUUUGGUAGAACAACAAUUCGGUGA